UAGAUUUGCGUCCCAGGGUCUCCUGCACAGCACACGCAGCAGCAGUGAAUAGCAUUCGUCAAAGCAGCCCAUCCAGGCGGGCCAGGCGUGUUUGGCGUACAUCAUCAGCCCCUCUCUGACCAUGACUUGCGUCUGCUACGGCAGUGGCCCAACGACAGGCAUCGUGUCACCGACACUUCUGAGCUUCCCCAAAUUGCUUUUGCGAGUUACGAGUGCAUUGGUAGAGACGUGAGAGCUGUCACAACAUUCAGUCUCGUAUAUGCUUAGUCAUGUUCCAACGAGUAGCUUAGUCUAUGCUCCAAUAACCUUCGCUUGAACACGCUCAAUGAGCUCGACUAUCAACAUCAGCCUUUGACCCUCAAGCAACUGUAGAAGUACACCUAAUCCACCGUCUCUACAGGUCUCGAGUGCGACACAAUGUCGUACAAGCGGCCGCGCGCAUCCUCUCCCUCGAACGCGCAAAAACGUUCACGAGGCGGCGGACCUGCAACGUACAUCUUCAUAGGCACCGAGCUCCCGGAUGAGGAUGGCGACGAUGGCGCUUUUGUACCAGUGUGGAAGCAGACAGUGACGGACGAGCGUGGGCGCAGAAGGCUACACGGUGCAUUCACUGGAGGCUUCAGUGCAGGACACUUUAAUACAGUUGGAUCUAAGGAAGGAUGGGCCCCAAAGACUUUCGUCUCCUCGCGCUCGAACCGCAACAAGGACCAGCCUAAUGGCCAAGCACAACGAGCAGAGGAUUUCAUGGAUGAGGAGGACCUCGCCGCGGCCGCAGAAUCACGCCAACUCGAGACUACUCAAUCGUUCGCCGGAAUCGGUGGCGCAGGAGAAUCCAAAGAAGAUGAUUUUUUUGGUCUUUUCUCGACACAGGAAGAGACAAUGGGCUUCAAGCUGGCGCAAAAGAUGGGAUGGCGACGCGAUCAGGGCGUUGGCCGCAAAGUCCGCCGUGAUGCGCGUAUAGAGGAUGGCGCUGACACGUCGAAUGACGCUUCUGCGUACAUGUUUGCCCCAGACGAUGCUCGACCCAUGCCAAUUCCCCGAGAAGAUGUCCGGCGCAAAGGACUCGGCUACCAAUCCGAAGCCCGCUUAGGAGUUGCCGACGAGAAAGAACCGGAAUCUCGCCCUUCGUUGACUCUACAUUAUCUUGAGGGCCCUAAGAAAGCAGCGCCUUCGAAGAAGGCUCAAUUGAAGAAGUCUUCUUUUGGGGUGGGUGUACUCAACGACACGGGCUCCGACGAUGAGGAUCCAUACGAGUUGGGGCCAAAAAUCUCACUCAACAAGACUUUGGGCAAGGACAAGAAGACGAAGAAGCCAAGCAAGUUUGCUAAACCUGGCACAGGAGAUAAGCUCGUGUUUGUUCCUAAAAAAGGAUCAACGAAACUUCUUUCGUCGUUGACUAGAACAUCGAUGGAUGGGAAGCCUCUUCUUAGCGGGUUCACGCUGACUGCUGAUACUGUCGCCCUUUCGAGCAGGCCAAAGUACCCACCGCCAAAGAUUCCUGCUGGGUGGAAGUCAUCCAAGGGUGCCGCCACAACCGCAGACGCUCAAAAGUAUCAAUCUGUGGCCGAUGCAGCCAAAGUUUCCACUCUGGAUGCCAAGGGACGGUCAGCCAUGCUUGGUGAGGCACCAUUGCCAGGAAAGUCUGUGUUUGACUUCAUACCUAAGGGAGCUCGCGACCGACUCGCAAAUCUAUCUGGCAAGGUCGACUUGCCACAGGGACUAGGACAAAUGGCCCCGGAGGGACACAUGCCUGCAGACAAUGCGCAGCCAAAGGAUUUGUGGAGCCUCGUACCUUCGCUAGACAAGGUUGUUGCGGCUGCAGCUUUAGCGAAAGGAGCAACUGGCUGGAUGCCUUACGCGGAAGACACGAAGAAGCGCGCGAGAUACGUUGGCUACUUAGAGGUGCGCACAGGAUUGAAGACUGAUUUGCCAGAACGAGCCGCCGGCGUAUCCAUAUCCGACUGGGUGAAAGAACUCCAGGAGUUUGCACACGCUGCACAAGUGUUCAAACCGACGACUGGAAUCAUGGCAUCACGGUUCACGUCUUCUACCCAAACCGCAGGCGAGGACGGUACACCCAAGGAUAACCUCCUUCGACAACCGACCGUGAAACAAGAAGACCCAGCAGAACAAGCCGCGAGGUUGGGCAUGUACGGACCCAUGACCCGAAGCAGCUUCCCGUUCCACCCGUCACGGCUUUUGUGCAAACGUUUUAACGUGAAGCCGCCUCCAGACAUGCCUCAUGGCGCUGAAAGUAACUCUGGCGAGGCGCACUUUGCACCGAAAACAGAGGAGGCGAUUUCCAAGUCCGCAAUGGACAAGCUGGUACACGAGAUGUUGACGCAUGGGUCGGCACUCCAGCGGCCAGCGUGGAUGGGAGAGGCUCCUCAAGAAGGUGCUUCCGCCGGAGUUUCCCAAACGGUAGAACACGCGAAGGUCGACGUGGAGAAGAACGAUGCCCUCUCUAAUGAGCGCGCGUCGGAGGAUGUGUUCAAGGCUAUCUUUGGGGAUGAUGAUGAUAGUGAGGAGGAUUAG